UAUAUAUUCUUUGAUUAAUCGUUAUUUAGUCCCGUUUCGUUUCACGGGUUUGUAUUUUAACCUACUGUUUAGGUUAUGACGUGUCUUUGGCGUUAGCAGGGAUUUAGCUCCUCGUACGCUUCUGUUAGCAUGUUUAAUGAUCCAAAAUAUCAAGACCGUAAAUGAAAAACUCAGCUGCUGUUUGGAGACCUAAAGUGUCACAGUUUAAAUUUGUAGAAUACCUGUUUAAAGUCUUUUUUAAAAGACAGAGUGCUGGUGGUCAAAAUCUAUUUUAACGGUUUAAACUCGGUGUUUUCCGCUGUUAACAGCAGACACAGCUGUCUGCUCUAAUAUCGGUGUAACAGAGUCUGAAUAUAAAGGUAUCAGUGUCUUAAUUUCUGUUCUAGCGUCUCUAAUCUGUCCUGUCAGCUCCGCUAACUGUUUACAUUAACAAGACCAAAGACAUGUCCAGGUUUUUUUCCUCACAGUGAAAACUUUAUUGACAAAGUCAGGAGGGAAUUAUGAAGAACUAACAGCGCCCUCAAGCGAUAAAACUAAAAAGACUGAUGCAGCGAGAGGCUGAAAGAUUGUGGGGGAAAACUGCAACACAUUAUCUUUCAUUUCUGCCUUAUAUACUGUGAUGCCCAGACACUGCUCAGCUGGAGGCUGUAAAUCUCGGGACAACCGUGAGAGUCGAAAUGCUGGAAUCACCUUCCACAAAUUGCCAAAAGGAGCAACAAGGAGGAACCUUUGGAUCUCCAACUCCCGUCGUGCAGACUCCUGGGACCCUCAGAGCGACUUUGUCUACUUUUGUUCUCAACAUUUCACCCCUGAGAGCUUUGAACUGACUGGAUAUAGUGGGAUCAGGAGACUGAGAGAGGAUGCUUUUCCUACAGUGUUUAAUUCUUCAACAACGGCCAAACCGAAGAGAGCAGGGAGGCUGCAGAAACGAGUACAUGCUCCCAUGCGGAAGAACCUGUACUCAGGUGAGAAGGAGAACACAGAACAGGAAAAGGAUGAUGUUCGACCAUUAGAAGAACCUGCCACUGAGAGCUCCACCGCAGCGCCUAAAGAGACUCCUGAUAAGGAGCCAGAACAUCCGCCAGAGGUGUCAGCAUCUGAGCGCCUCUCUCAGGAUGAAGAGAGCCCUGCAGAACCAGAGCCUCGCCCCGUCUCCCCAUCUCGCUACAUGAGACGCCUUCCUCCUCCUCCUGGCUUCUACCUGUCCAAGGAGCACAGCUACGCUCAGCUCUGCCCCCUGCUGUGGCGGAAGCGCUAUGACCAGGCCAUCGACUGUCUGGAGAAGGCUCUGCGACAGCUGCAUGCCGCCCGGCGCAGGGAGAACCGUCUGAGGAGCACCGUGAUUCGUUUGAGAGAUAAACGGCUCAAACAGGCUCUGCUGGUGUCAAAAGACGUUAGCAAAGACCGCCGGAGACGAGGAGGGAACCUGGAGGGAGAAGGUGAGGAUAAAUGUGAGGAUACAGGCAUGUUUGAGGACAGAGUAGGGGAGCAGAUGGAGUUAGGAGGACGUUUUCUUCAGGAUACGAGCGGCUGGGGUGAUGAAGAGAGAGGGCGGUGUUUUUACUGUGGGCGGGGACAGAGACCAAGUGGAGACGUGGACGAUGACACCUACAGAAAUGAUGAAACUGCUCCUUUGAGUACAGCUGAAAAAGUCAAAGACAGAAACCUAGAGAGUUCUUCAGAUUCUACCCUCAUUCUCCAAGCUCAAACUCCACCUGGGCUGCCCCUGCCUGAUGUUCACGACCCAUUAUCAAGCUCUCAGCAGAAGCUUGUGCUCUCUGAUGGCGACGCCGAGGCUCAGCAGCUGUUUUGGAUCCAGGACUGUGCUGAGGGUCCCUUUGUUCUGGUCCCCGUCCCUGCUGAAGAUGGACUGCAGAGCGUCGGUGUCACAGACAGGUCACAGACUGUUCCCCUGGCAGAGUUUGGUCACCUGGCAGAGAGCGCUGAAGGCGCAUGUGGCGACAAAGAGCUUGUUGAUCAAUCUAUGAUCAGCAUGAGGGAGGAUGUGAGGGAGAAACUCAAAGAACACCUGGAGGGAUUUCACCUGCAGCUCAGCUCAGAGUUUCUCACAUGAAUGCCACAUGGACAUCUCUUCAGUUCUAGUUAAAAGAAUCAUUUAAGAUAUGGACUUAUGCUUGUUUUAUUGAAGAGUAGUUAAAGUGGUGUGGCACGAUUCCAGUAAAAAUGAAAUGAUGUCAACACCUGUUGAAUACCAUGUCAACAAAUACAAAAGUCUGAGCAGAGGUGGUAAAAUCAAUCAAAGAUUGAGAUAAUCAGUUCUUGAAUGUUAACAUUGGCAUUAAGACCUUUUAGAAAUCUAAUGUAAAAAUAUUACUGAAGAUUGGACCUUUAAGCUUUGGUACAUUUUUGAUACAAAUGAUGUUUUAAAACAUGGUUUGAAAAAGUUUUGUGGUAUUUAAUUUUUUGUCAACCUUUAAUGGUUGUAAACAAACAAAGAAUAUCUGAACUAUCCUGUUUUUUAGAGCUUGAUGUCUUUUAUUCUCUCAUAAAGAUUAAUCAUU